AUGAUUCCUUCGUUAAUACACACCGUACUCCCGUUGACCUCACGGAAACGCAACAUGCGUGAGGCUCUGCGAACCUAUGACCGCACCAUGGACGACUUCUUGCGCGAAACACAGCAACUGCUGGAGGACCCCCUCGACACUGCAAGGCUGCAACAAAUUUCCGCAGGACUGCAAGCGCAGUUCGCCCCAAAGCUCCAGGCCAGCGACAUUUGCAUGCUUCCGUCCUACAACCACAAGCUGCCAACUGGUCUUGAAAAGGGGACAUAUCUGGCACUCGAUGUCGGCGGCUCAACGUUCCGCAUCGCUCUAGUGGAGCUAAAUGGCAAGCAACCUGGUGCCAAGAACAUGCGCAUCGUCAACAUGAAGAGCUUCAAGAUAGAUGAAAAAGUUCGUCAGCGACGAGGGACAGACUUCUUUGACUGGAUGGCCGAGAAGAUUGAGAUCGCGCUCGCAGAGGCUCCUCCCCAAAAGGUCGACAACAUGGACAGCUUUCCUAUGGGACUAUCCUGGUCCUUCCCUAUCGAACAAACUUCAUCACGCAGCGGAAACCUUCUCGACAUGGGCAAAGGCUUCCACGCAACUGACGGUGUUCUCGGUCAAGAUCUCAGCAAACUGAUCAUGGCACCUUGCAGGAAAAGGAACCUGCCGGUGCAUAUGGACUCCAUCGUCAACGACUCUUCUGCAACGUUGUUGUCACGAGCUUACGAAGACCCAUCAACACGCUUUGCCGUCAUCCUCGGAACUGGAUUUAAUAUUUCCGUGCACCUGCCCGUUUCGUCACUUGCGUCAACAAAGUACAAAGGCUACCCCCGAAAGUGGCUAGACGAGGCCACGCAUGUCCUUGUCAACACCGAAUGUAGUAUGUUCGGCAAGAACGUCUUUCCAACCACUCGGUGGGACGAUCAGCUCAAUGCAACGCACAUGCGACCGGACUUUCAGCCGUUUGAGCAUAUGAUCAGCGGCCGUUACCUCGGGGAGAUCGUCCGGUUGAUCAUUGUUGAGGCUGUUCGUACUGCAGGCCUGUUCAGUGGUGAAAUACCUGCGAAGAUGAACGAGCCCUACUCGCUAGAUACAGGAACCAUCGCAGCCAUGGAGAUGGAUGGGUCGAAGCAUCUUACAAACGCCACGGCCCUUCUGCAAUCGAAACAUCCUCUCAGCAAACUACCCUCCUACAACGACAUCCAAUUCGUUCGUCAGAUCUCUCAGCUCAUCUCGCAUCGUGCAGCAGGCUUCCUCGCCACUGGUAUUCACGCAUUAUGGGUGUUGCGCACCACUGCUGAGGGCCUCACGCCGGCAUCCGCCGGCCGGAUGAGCAUCGGCUGCAAUGGUUCUGUGAUCGAGAAGUACCCAUUGUUUAAAGAACUAUGUCAAGAGCAUUUGAACGAGCUUGCGAUUGCAUCUGGAGCCGAAUCAGGAUCGAUAAAACUCGAAAUCGCCGUCGAGUCCGCAAUCUUCGGCGCAGCUGUUUCCGUCUGUAGUCUCGAAGGCCAAUAG